AUGUCUGCCUCUGGAGUUGGUUCUGAGUACGAUAUCAUCUUCGCCGGUGGCGGAACCGUCGCCUGCGUCGCUGCUGGUCGACUUGCAGAGGCAGAUCCCAGUCUCAGGAUUCUGCUUAUCGAACAAGGACCGGAUACUCGCAACCUACCAGCACACAUCCACCCCGCUCGGUUCAUCGCAAAUCUAGUGCCGACUAGCAGUGUGUUCACGUUCCACGUCGCGCAACCUAGUGAGGCCUUGUUGGGUCGCGCACCGAUUGUGCCCGCUGGUCGAUGCGUGGGAGGAGGCUCCUGCGUAAACUUCAUGGUGUACACUAGGGCUGCAGCGUCGGACUACGAUGAUUGGGAGACUGUUCAUGGGAAUACGGGCUGGGGCUCAAAAGAUCUGAUUCCUUUGCUCCAAAAGGUCGAGACGUAUCAAGAUGAUCUUAGCGCCAGAGAAGAGGGAAUGCACGGUGAUUCCGGUCCUAUCAAAGUCUCUUUUGGUGGGGUAGCCACGGAAGUAGGGAAGCAAUUUAUGGAGACCGCUCGUGCAUAUGACAAGAAGCAUGGAGUAACGGUCGAUAGCAAUGACUUUCUGACCAUAAACGCCUAUUCGCGCUGGAUGAAGUACAUAGAUGCGAAGUCCGGAAAGCGGUCCGAUGCUGCUCACCACUUUAUAUACAAUCAAGAAAGUGCAGAUAGCAACCUACAUGUACUUGCAAACGCUGCCGUGCAUCGGAUUAUUAUCAAGGAACAUCGCGCUAUCGGUGUUGAAUACGCUGAUUCUUCCGAUCACAGUUCUAAGCUCAAUAGUGUAUACGCUAAGCAACUCGUUGUUGUCUCUGCAGGAGCAUUCGGUUCUCCGGCGAUCCUGCAACGCUCUGGGAUCGGUGCCAGUCAACUUCUCAAGAAACUAGAUAUCAACGAGCAAGUAGACCUUCCGGGCGUAGGCGAGAACUACCAGGACCACAAUCUUGGCUUCGCGACCUACUUCGUACCCGAUCGCACGGAAACUCUCGAUGUCUUCAGCGGUCAUCUCGGAGAAGACGAGUUGAAGAGUUAUGUGGACAGAUGGGGACAACAUGGUGAUGGCUUACUGGCUACUAAUGGCAUCGAUGCUGGCAUCAAACUUCGCCCAAAUGAGGACGACCUUAAAGAACUAGGGCCUAACUUCACCAGGAUCUGGAACAACUACUACAAAGAUGCACCAGACAAGCCUGUUAUGAUGUAUGUGCCGUUCGCUAGUCAUUACGGGCCCGUGCCUGAUCCCAACGGAAAGUAUAUGUCGAUGUUAUGGUUCCCAGAAUACCCCGAGUCAAUAGGGAGACUGCACAUCACUUCGGGUGAUGAUUGGAGACAGCCCCUCUAUUUCGAGCCGGGCUACUUGACUGAGCCGGCAGAUCUUGAUAUUCUUAGAUGGGCGUACAAAAGGUCGAGAGAAGUAGCACGACGUAUGCCACUCUAUAGAGGCGAGGUUCAGCAAGGACACCCGACGUUCUCCCCGAAUAGCGAGGCAGCUUGCGUCUCUCGCGAUGGCCCUGUCCCAGUAGACGCACCUGAUAUUGCUUAUACCGCAGAGGAUAAUGAAGCAAUCCACGACUUCCUGCGUAAUACCGUUUUGACUUGGAAGACAGAUGGGCACAUGCGCCAUGAAGCCAAGGGACAGAGGAGGCGUAGUAGACCCGAGGCUCAACGUGUAUGGGAUGACAAACUUGAAAGUCGCUGGUCAGUACAUAUUUCCCUCUACGCUGAGCUGAACCAAACGCUUACCGACCUCCCUCCAGAUCUCUCCAUAUGCCCUAGCAACGUUUCUGCCAAUACCUACAACACCGCCCUCGGUAUCGGCGAGAAAGCGGCGGUCAUAAUUGCAGAUGACUUGGGCAUAAAGUUGGCUGUUUGA